GUUUAAUGUCCAUUACUUUGAGUUAUUAGAAUUUUAAGUAUUUUAAAUAUUUAUCAUAGAUAUAUUUAGUAUGUGUAAAUUUUAGUGAGCAAAAAAAAUCUGAGAUCAACGAUAAUUUUCAAAUUUACUCUAAAACUAACUAUACUACCAAUAACCAAUAGACAACAACAUCAUCAUCAACAAGCAUGUCAACGGCAGAACCAACCCAACAAGAGAAAGAACAGAAAUCUCAAGUAUUACAACAACAAUAUAAUCAAUUCCAAGAAAACAUAGCGGAAUUGGAAACUCAAAUAUCAACGGUUGUAUCUCAAAUUCAAGAACAUAUUAUAGUAGAUAAAACUUUAACUUCUAUAAAGCCAGAAGAUAGAGAAGGGAGGAAAUGUUUCAAGAUGAUUGGAGGGGUGUUGAUUAAUAAAUCUGUUGAUGAAGUGAUUAAGAUUCUUAGUGAUGAAUUGAAGAAUUUAACUCAACAGAAAGAAACCAUUGAAAAAGAAUUGAAUAAGAAUAGAUCAGGAUUACAAGAUUGGUUAAAGAAUAAUCAUGUUAAGAUCAUUAAAGGUAAUCAAUAGAAGUAGAUCAGGUCAUUUUGUAAAUAGAAAUGUAUAAGUUAUUAAGUUUAAUGUAAAUAAUAUAUAUAUUAAAUUAAAAAAAAAAUAAAAGAAUAUAACUAUAAAAUAAAACAUAU